AUGCCAUACCCAUACACUGACUCCUUACUUCCUGAAAAAGCAGAACUCAUAGAAGACAAGAUAGCCGAGAAAGGCGUAAACAAGGUCUCGGUCGAGGACUUGAUACCCGAGCUCACGAAGUUUGGCAGAAAAGAGGUUCCGGAUCACGUCAAGAAUGAGCUUUUGAUUGGUAUCAAACAAGUUCUCGCGGACCAAAAGUAA